AUGAUAAAAAGGACUCCAACAGGGGGAAAGACAGAUAAAAAAAGAGGGGAUGUUAUUUACGAGAGAGGGGUGAAGGGACGGAGGGAUGAGCACAACGGAGGCGCCGGACGUGACAGUGGCGAGCCCAUCGCCAUGGCGUUGCUGGGGGAUACAGCGGAAGACGUCACUGAGAGAAACGGACGGACACAAAGGAGGAAUACGACAUGGAGGAGAGUUAAAAAGGAGGGAGGAGGGAAACAGAGAGAGGGACUGUUCAAAUGGAGAGAGAGAGAGAGAGGUUUGGGGAGGUGGGAGGGGGGGGCAGUGGAGCCAACCCAGAAUUAGGUUAUUUAUUUGCUUGUUUAGAGAGGGCCUCGUGUCACUGGGUUCAGGUAGACUAUGGUACGCCAUGCCAUAAGAUAGUGAUAUCAUUAUAGAUUGUAGAGCAGGGGUCGGCUGGGCAACAAGGGUCUCAUACACCUCUUUCAACUAAUCAACCAAACACUGUUCAGCACUAUUAGAUAGGCCUAUAAGAGAUGGGCAUACAGUAGGUCACCAAUCCCAGCCCUGGACAGCCAAAGUGUGCAGGUUUUUGUUCCUACCUAGCGCUAAAACACCUAAAUCAACUAUUGGAGAUCUAACACAAGUAGUAAAUUAGUUCAGUCAGGCUUUCCAGCGCUGGGCUAGAACAAAAUCCUGCACCUUAUGGCUCUCCAGGACAAGGAUUGGUUACUUUGGGACCUUAACAUCUCCUUUCCUUGUGAUCGUAUCCUAACUAGUGGACACAACAGAAGUUCGAGGAAAUGUAUAUGCAUAGUAACCUAGUAACUACUCAAUAAAUACCUACUGUCAUCCUACACGUUUCUGAGAAAUCUGGUUCUGAGAAACCUGACGUAUCUGUAGUAAUGUUACAUCACUGGGAGCUGGAUCAACUCAGAGAACUAGAGACAAAGGACAGAAAACGUUUAGAGCUUUGGGAUCAUGAGAAGACAAUUACUGUGCCACCGCGUCUGAGUUUACCUUUACCCCAUACACACCCCAACAGCAGGGGUAUCCCUAAGCACACACAAGCAUACACACACAUAUACACACACACACACAGUCUUGUACAGCUAACCUUGUGGGGAAACACAAUUCAGUCCCAUUCAAAAUCCUAACUUCCCUAGCCCCUAACCCUAACCCGUACUCUUACCCUAACCCUAAUUCCUAACCCUAACUCUAAAACUAACCCUAGCUCCUAACCCUAAACCUAAUUCUAACCCUAACACUAAUUCUAACCUUAACCCUAAACCCCCUAGAAAUAGCAUUUGACCCUGUGGGGACAAAAAAAAAUUCCCCAGUUGGUUACAUUUUUGUUCGUUUACUAUUCUUGUGGGGACUUCUGGUCCCCACAAGAAUAGUUAAACACAUCCACACACACACACACACAUACACACAGUGGUCUACAGGAACCAUAAGGGAGCACCAACCCCCCUCCCUGAACUCUAAUAUCAGUCUUUCCCUCUACUGUACAUCCCUGAAUGUUCCUUUCUGCCCCCUUUUCCCCUUAACCUCAGUUUAACACCCCAGCAGUUUCUCUCUCCAUCCCCCCCUCCAUCCCUCCCUCCCCUCCACUUUCGUGAUUUAUUUGCCUCAGUUCCAAUAUUUGUCGCCAGUGUGUUUUCUUCCCCUUGUCUAAAUGUCACCCCUUCUUCUAAGACAAUAUAUAUAGAGAGAGAAGGAGAGAAGGAGAGGGCAAAUGCGGGGGAGAUAGAGGAGGGGAGGUGGGAACUCGUAAAAAGAGCAACAAAGUUUGGGAAGAUUAAACAUUAGGUAAGACACUUUCUCACAUACCUAUAUACACAAAAAAGCUUAGUGACGAGGGUUGUGUACGGUCACGUCUAUUUAAUCUUCUGCUGGGUAUUUCAUACACGCCACUGUAACCGCUGCACGUUUCAGUCAAACACACAAUGUGGCCUGAGAGAGAACCUGUAGCUAGGGCCACUGAAUGAACAGGGACAUAUUCUGACAGACGCUCUUAAAGUUCUUGGAAACUGGUGAGUACGAACACACACACACACACACACACACAAACACUAAAUGGGUCUCUAAAUGAACCAUUCAGCAGAAUUCUGUUUAGCUCUCCCUAUCUCCAGUGCGGGUCACACAUUAUGUCUUGUCCUUAACAUGCACAAUGGAGCCCAUGCCAUUCCUCCUGUUAAUGGACUGUAGUGUAACCAUUACACUGUGUCCCCUCCCUCUGAAUGCCCCCCUACAUCUCUUCUCUCUCUCCCUCCCUCACUCUCUCUCUCUCCCUCCUUUAUAACCCAUCACUCCCAUCUCACCAUUCUCACUCUUUCUUUCGGUCUUUUACGGGACUGGACACACAUUCGUUUUCUUAACGAGGGGAAGCAACCAAGGGACAAACAGCAGAGAGGAAAAAUGCUUUUUUACAUAUUCACCUACCGUAAUUUUAGGGGAUCUUUUGGAUGUUAAUUUUUGAUGUUUCCACAACUGUCUCGCUCUCAAAAACGUUUCUAGAGAGAGAGAGAUAGAGAGAUAGAGAGAAGGGAAACAGACAAAUAAAAAGUGUCAUCAUUUUGAUCACUGUCUGCAAAAUCAUUCUAAAAAGUAAUUUUAUUUGGUCAAAGAAACAUCGGAUACUAUUUGGAUAGUUUAAAAAAAUCUAAUCUUGUUUCUUUUUACGUGUAUCUGGAUAACUUUACAUGACAAUAGCUUCCUAUAGGCAUGUUUCUGCUAUCACAGAGGUGGAAAUUGUUCAACUAUAAGAUUGAUACCGUUCACUGAGAAAUUGGAUUUAAUUUUAAAUCUGGUCAGACACAAUUCCAAAGAGAAAAACUACUGGACAGUGCUGGACAUGAACUGGUAAGAAACCAAGUUUAUUACUAAGCUGUACUCAUCCAGAGAACUUGUUAUGUAUUGUACAUAGUAUUUUUCAUAGAAAAUGAAAUAGCACCACCCUCAUCUACAGUCUUGAUCACAGACCUGAUGGUUGUGAAUAAGUUGUAAGAGGGAGAGAUGAGCUUCUCCAACAGAAGGACACAUUACUUAACUAACCAGGUGGACCUUCUCCUAUCUGCAGAUAUGAGGGGAUCAUCCCCAAGCUCGGAACCAGAAACAUAGACCCCAUAAUAGAACAAACUGACAGACUGACGGACAACGCGGCAUAACCGUGGAAACGGGCAGACUGCUGCCCAAGGACACUCACUGACGCACGGAGACGGACAGACAGACAGUCUGAUGCCAACUGUCUCCGCUGUCAAUAUCACGGCACAACUCCUCCUGCUGUUGCUAUGGGCAACCCACCCGACCAUGGCAACCAACUGGCUGUAAGUCUGGCGUUCCAGGAGGGAGAGAAAGAGAGAGUUUGUUUGUCAUACUAUCACUUUUAAAAGAUGGUGACGUGCCUCUAAAUCUCUCUGUCUCUCCCUUGCUGACCUUUUCUCCCUUUCUCUCGCCCUCCUUCCCUCUCUCCCUCCCUUCACUGUGUCUCCUCUAUCCCUUUUGUAUGCUGGUCUUUCUCCUUUCCUCUCUUUCUCCGUCCUUCUCUUCCUCUCCCUCUAUCCUUACCCUCUAUCUCACCCCUUCUCUCCCUUUACCCUCUCAAUCCCCAUCUCCCCCACUUUCCCCUUCCUCUAUCUCACCCUCUGCCCCUCCCCUCACUCCCCUGCAUCUUCCCCUCUCCCUCUCUUUCUCUCUCUCAGCUCCCUGGCGAGAAUGCCGCGCUCGCGGCCCGUGUCGGGUGCUGCCCCCUGUGGGCGGCUGAGGGGACUGUCCGUGGGGCAGGUGGGGGUGUGCAGGGCGCGGGGGGAGGUCAUGGAGUCCGUGCGCAAGGCAGCCGAGAUGGUCAUAGAGGAGGUAUGAGCCUGGGGCAGAAGUGUCAAUUUGUUGUGUCACAAAAGUAGUGAAGUACAUGGGGAAGAGUUUUUUUUAAGCUCAUUCAUUGUCUUUCUCAAGAUCAUCUUCAAUCAGCAUCAUCAGCGCUGUUGUUAUAGUCAUCUUCACCAAAAUCAUCUUCUUCAAUCGAUAUCCAUAUCAAUCAGUGUGGAGGAGCGUCAUCAUUAACCUCCUCAAUCAUCUUCUUCUGCCUCUUUAACAAGCAUCAUUAACAUCCCCUCAUCUGUACUCAGUCAGUAAAGUACUAGACAAUUGCACCAGUUUUACCAAAGUUCACUCCCCUCAGCACCUACGUAAAAUGUGUGUCUUUAUCUGUCCACCCGUAUUAAUGUCCGUCCGUCUGUCCGUCUAUCUGCCUGUCUAUAACCCUCGGUUCCAUUGGCUUGGCUGUUGGUCUGAUCAGUGCCAGCACCAGUUUCGUAAUCGCCGUUGGAACUGCUCCACCACCCCGCGUGGAGUCAACGUGUUCGGUAGAGUUAUGAGCCAAGGUGAGGACAGCAGGGCCACUCUAGUUACCACUGGAGAUCUGUGGUUGUACCAGAGUCAUUAACAUGCUGGUAACAGAAAAGCCGUUGAUUCCACAUGGCUGAAAUCAGAAGGACUAGGGACAUGUGAUGACAUGGUAAAUGACUCAAUGGCUGUCUUGAUCUCUUCUAAAAACCAGGCACGCGUGAGGCGGCCUUUGUGCACGCCCUGUCCUCGGCGGCGGUGGCGGUUGCAGUGACGCGAGGCUGCAGCCGAGGGGAGCUAGAGCGGUGUGGCUGCGACAGGAAGGUCAGAGGGGUCAGUCCCGAGGGUGAGUCUGGGGUGUGUCUAUAUGUCUGUCUCUCUUGCUGUCUGUCAGGUAAACUUUGAAAAACAUAGUUGAAAAAUGUGCAGAUGCUGUCAACGUCUUUCUGUCUGUCCUGCAGGUUUCCAGUGGUCUGGGUGCAGUGAUAACCUAUCCUAUGGAGUGGCCUUCUCCCAGACCUUUGUAGAUGAGACGGAGCGUGCCAAGGGGAUGUCAGCAGGGCGACCCCUCAUGAAUGUCCAUAACAACGAGGCUGGACGGAAGGUUGGUGGUGGUGGGGCACUCUGAUGACAUCAUCAAUUAUUCUAACAUGCCAAUCUUCACUUCUAUCAUCUUUCUUCCUCGUUUCAUUUGACCUCCUGAUCGUUCUUUUACAUUCCUUCAUCCCCAGGCCAUCCUCCAUAACAUGCAGGUAGAGUGUAAGUGUCAUGGCGUCUCGGGAUCCUGUGAGCUGAGGACCUGCUGGAAAGUCAUGCCUCCAUUUCGGCGCGUCGGCGCUGUGCUGAAGGAACGCUUUGAUGGAGCCACAGAGGUACAGCCAUAUAUUUGGAAAUUAGUGAUUUAUGCUGCUUCCAGUCUUUUCACAAUCUCUAACAAUCAACAAAUACCCCCACUCACCCAGGUGCGUCUGUCCCGUAUCGGCUCCAGGACAGCCCUGCUGCCCCGGGACCCCCAGGUCAAACCCCCCGCUGCCAGGGACCUGGUGUACCUCGCUGCCUCGCCAGACUUCUGUCGUCUCGACCCCGACAAUGGGAUCCCCGGGACCGCCGGCCGACGCUGUAACGGUGAGAUUCAGUCACAUCACCAGCACUGGGAUAAAGAAUUUAAGUUUUAUUAGGUGAUCAGGCUGUUUUGGAUGUUCACAUCCUUAUUUCCUUUCCUCUACCUGUCUCCAUCCUCCCCUCCCAGGCACCUCCCGGCUGGCCCCAGAUGGCUGCGAGCUGGUGUGUUGUGGGCCAGGGUACCGGGCGGGCCGGGCUGAGGUGGUGCAGCGCUGCUCCUGUAAGUUCUCAUGGUGCUGCUCGGUCCGCUGCCAGCAGUGCAAGAACACAGUGAUGAUCCACACCUGCCGAGUGUGAACCCAGUCUAUGCAGAACCCAGAGCAGACACGCAAGAACCUUACACCUGUCCAGACACUCCAGGACACAGCCCAGACACUCUAGAACACUACAACAACUAGACACUCUAGAACACUACAAAGACACAACACUGUCCAGACAUUCUAGACUACUAAACAGACACUCUAGAACACAACACUGUCCUUUCCAGACAUUCUAGAAUAUUACCCAGACACUCUAGAACACAACACUACUCAGACAUUCUGGAACACUACAACGACCAGACCAGUGGAGGCUGCUGAGGGGAG